AUGCAACAACAAGAUAUUGAAAUGAUUUCACUACAACAACAACAACAACAGACCAAACUAACCGACCCGAGAGAAGUCUCCAUCUCCAUCAUUCCAAACACUAGUAGAAACGAUCUGGUAUUAUAUGCUUCAGCUCCUUCUUUGGAGACUUCAGCUUCGGAAAUUACCAUGGUUGGAUUGGAAACAAAGGAAUCAUCAUCAUCACCAGAGAGUAAUUCAAAUGAAAAUAAUGAACAGCCACCACCACCACCACAAAAGAGUACUCCCGCUAAUAUCACACAGAAGAAACAAGAGUAUAAAGAACCAGAACGAAUGUCAUGGAAACACUAUUUUCUUCAUGUCAUGACUCCGAUAUGGCACUCGUUCCCGAAUAAAGUGAGCGAGGCCAGAGACAUGUUGGCAGCAGAACGAACUGCAUUGUCAUGGCAACGAACGGCAUAUGCCAUUCUUGCAAUUGGUAUUGGAGUCUCACGACUGAAUAGAAAAGGGCAUGAUCCCUUUGUUCCUAAAGCGCUCGGUGUUUUGACAGCGGUCAUUUCCCUAUUGUUGAUCAUGUACGCACAUUUAAGGUUUUACGUGGUCAUGAAAUCCAUGGUUGAUCGUAAGUAUUUGUAA